AUGGUCUUCCACCUCAUCCCAGCCCUCGCAGUUGCAGGCGUCAAGUAUGUGAUCAAAGAAGCAACUGAUGCCCCGACCUGUGGUAAAUGCGGUAGGGAGAAGAUGAAGAUGUGGGCGGGUUUCCGCAUCAUCUUCCUUUGUGAGGAUUGCGAAAACGGGAUGGAAGUCAAGCUGGGCUUGAAAGCUGUUCAGAUCGCGACUUUUGGCUUGGCGAAUUGA